UCAUAUCCAACCGUAGAUCUUAAACUGACCCUUUCUUUCUCUUGUCUACAAAACCUCUCCCUCACUCUUCAAUUUCCCUUCACUUCAAUCUCUCUCCUUCUUCCCUCCCUCUCUCUCUCUCCCCCUUUUUCAUCACCAUCAACUAACUUCACUGUUAACAAAACCAACAAGAAGAACAAGAACAUACUGGCAAAUAUGUUCAAAUCUCAAUCUCAAGACCUCCCUGAUUGUUGUUACUAUCCAAACCAACCUGUUUUAAUCUUACCAAACACCACAACUCCUAAGCAUUCUUUGUAUCUCUCCAAUCUUGAUGAUCAAAAGUUCCUUAGAUUCUCCAUUAAAUAUCUUUACCUUUUUAAAAAAUCUAUAAGCCUAGAUAUCUUGAGAUAUUCUCUUUCAAAAGUUCUUGUCGACUACUACCCUUUAGCUGGCAGACUGAGACCAAGUGCUGAAGAUGAUCAGAAGCUUGAAGUUGAUUGCAAUGGAGAAGGUGCUGUCUUUGCUGAAGCUUUCAUGGACAUCUCUGCAGAGGAGUUUCUUGAACUUUCCAUGAAACCAAACAGGUCUUGGAGAAAGCUCUUGUAUCGAUUUGAAGCUCACAGCUUUUUAGAUAUUCCUCCCCUUAUAGUUCAGGUAACUAAUCUCCGCUGUGGAGGAAUGAUCUUAUGCACCGCGAUCAAUCACUGUUUAUGUGACGGCAUUGGCACAUCACAGUUCUUGCAUGCGUGGGCCCACAUGAUAACGAAACCUAAUCUUGAUCUUCCAAUCUCACCCUUCCACACCCGCUACGGGUUAAAACCUCGGAAUCCACCGCAAGUGAAUUGUACUUAUCCUCAGUAUAAUAGAAAUACCCCCAGGGACAGUACUAACAUAGAGAUUAACCAUUAUUUACAAUCUCAGCCACUGGUUCCAGCAUCCUUAACCUUCACCCCUUCUCAUAUUCUUCACCUCAAGAGGCAGUGCGUACCAUCGCUAAAAUGCACCACAUUUGAAGCACUCGCAUCUCACACGUGGCGCUCUUGGGUUCGAUCACUUGACCUGUCGCCUUCUCUCAACGUGAAGCUCUUAUUUUCUGUGAAUGUCAGAAAGAAAUUAAACCCUGAAAUACCGCAAGGGUAUUAUGGGAAUGGAUUUGUGCUGGGAUGUGCGCAAACCAAUUCUAAAGACUUGGUUACAAACAACUUGUAUCAUGGUGUGAAGUUAGUGCAACAAGCUAAAGCAAAUUUAACUGAUGCUUAUGUAAAGUCGAUGGUUGAUUUACUGGAGGAUAAAACGUGCAAAACAGACCUUUCAGCAAGUUUGGUCAUUUCUCAAUGGUCUAAACUGGGACUGGAGGAUUUGGACUUCGGAGAAGGGAAGCCACUGCAUAUGGGUCCAGUAACAAGUGAUAUUUACUGCUUGUUUUUACCGGUUAUUGGUGAUUUUGAUUCGGUGAGAGUGCUUGUGUCAUUGCCAGAGAGUGUGGUGGGGAAGUUUCAGUAUUAUAUGAAAGAGUUUUUGGAUGGUGAAGAACAUGGAGAUGUUAAUGGUUAUUGCGCAGAAGAGAAUGGUUUGAUGUGAAAAAGUUUCAGGUUUUUUGUUUUGUUUUGUUUUUUGAUCAGCCUUCCACGAAAUAAGGAUCAUUAUUACGUGAGAAACUUACUGUAAUUCGAGUAUAUAAAAGUGAAUAUAUGACUGAGAAUAUUAUUUUA